UUGUUUUUUACCCAAUAAUGCUCCGGCACGAAUUGUGAACAAAAAGCAUGCUCGGGUGCAUGGUGCUGGACCUGCUGGUGUAGUCUCGGAUUCAAGGACUCUGUUUCUUGGUUCUUCAGCAGCAUCGAUCGAGAGAGAGAGAGAGAAAAUGGAAGUGGGGUUCUUGGGAUUGGGGAUAAUGGGGAAGGCCAUGGCGAUGAAUCUGCUCAAGCAUGGCUUCAAAGUCACUGUUUGGAACAGGACCCUCUCUAAGUGUGAUGAACUAGUGGAGCAUGGUGCUUCAGUCGGAGAAACACCAGCUGCAGUAGUCAAGAGAAACAAGUAUACUAUUGCAAUGUUAUCUGACCCUUCAGCUGCUCUUUCGGUGGCUUUCGACAAGGACGGUGUUCUUGAGGAGAUCUGUGCCGGAAAAGGUUACAUAGAUAUGUCAACAGUUGAUGCCGAAACUUCAAUUAAGAUAAACGAGGCAAUUCAAUCGAAGGGCGGUCACUUCCUUGAAGCCCCUGUCUCGGGUAGUAAAAAGCCUGCCGAAGAUGGACAAUUAAUUAUACUUGCAGCUGGAGAAAAGGCAUUGUUUGAGCAAGCAGUUCCAGCUUUCGAUGUCAUGGGGAAGAAGUCUUUCUUCCUGGGCCCAGUUGGAAAUGGAGCUAAAAUGAAGCUUGUAGUGAACAUGAUAAUGGGCUGCAUGAUGAACGCAUUUUCAGAGGGACUUGAACUGGCCAGCCGAAGUGGAUUGGACCCUCAUACUCUUCUCGACGUACUGGAUCUCGGUGCAAUUGCUAACCCAAUGUUCAAACUUAAAGGACCCACCAUGAUAAAGAACAGUUAUGCCCCAGCCUUUCCUCUGAAACAUCAGCAGAAGGACAUGAGGCUGGCUCUUGCCCUAGGGGAUGAAAAUGCCCUUUCAAUGCCGAUCGCAGCUGCUUCCAAUGAGGUUUUCAAGAGGGCCAGGAGCCUGGGACUGGGUGAUUCAGACUUCUCUGCUGUUUUCGAGGCCGUGAAGUCUGUUAAACAUUAAUCAUCAUGCAAAAGGACAGGGUGAUACAUAGUUGCGCGUGGAAUCUUGGUGCUUUAAACUGGUUUCUGGAAGAUGCUUAUUCAUCAUUGUCGGGUUGCCGAGAACGAUGAUCCAUGCCAAAAAGAUGCAAUUUACUGCUUGAGAAGCUGGAGUUUCUCGGUUCUGAAAGUUGUUGAGAGGUUUCACUCUAGACCUGUAACUGUAUUUCCAUUUGAGACAGAAUGCUAAACUGAUGUUUGAGAUGCCAUUAAAUAUCAUGGUUGCUCCAAGCC